GAAAGCCAAGCCACCCUCCAAACUCCAAAGCAAAUGCCACCUCCCCUCCUGCCAGCCAUCCAUGGCAGCAUGGCCUCCCCCUGACACUCAUCACUGAUCUGGCCCACCACCACCACCCUCCCUUCCUUCCUCGGCGAGCCGCCGACGGCCAUGCCCCCCGUCGCCGUCCAGCUCCACAGCCUCCUCUUCAAGCUCCUCCUCCGCCGCCGCCUCUCCUCCCUCUCCGCCCCUGCGCCCGUGCCCGCCCCCACCGCGGCGCCGUUCGGCGUCUCUUCCCGCCCCGCCGACCAGCGCCCCUCGCCGCCCUCCAACCCGUCCUUCUCGCCCGCCUCCCCCGACGGCGUCGCCACCAAGGACCUCCACCCGGACCCCCUCUCCUCCCUCCACCUCCGCCUCUUCCUCCCCAACCCCAACCACCACGCCGCCGCCGCCUCCCCUGUUCCUCAUCCCCUCCGCCGGAACUCAUUCCCCCAGCGCGACCCCGCGCCGGGCCAGGAUCAGCUCUCCCGACGCGCCAGCGCCAGCUUCCACGCCGUCGGCGUCUCGCCCGCGCCCGCGCCCGCGUCCACACCGCGCGACUACGGCGGGUACCUCCCGACCGCUGGCGCCGCGCGGUCCGCCGCGAGGAGGGAACUGCCGGUGAUCGUGCAGUUCCACGGGGGCGCAUUCGUGACGGGCGCCGCGGACAGCGCCGCUAACGACGCAUUCUGCCGCCGCGUGGCCCGCCUCUGCGACGCCAUCGUCGUGGCCGUCGGGUACCGCCUCGCUCCCGAGAGCAGGUACCCCGCGGCGUUCGAGGACGGGAUCGCCGUGCUGCGAUGGAUCGCCAAGCAGGCCAACCUUGCCGCGUGCGGGCGGACAAUGAUGGGCAAGGGGACCGGCGCCGACUCGUUCGGCGCCGCGAUGGUCGAACCGUGGCUCGCCGCGCACGCCGAUCCGUCCAGGUGUGUUCUCCUUGGUGUCAGUUGUGGAGCAAAUAUUGCCGACUAUGUGGCCCGAAAAGCUGUUGAGGCUGGGAAACUCCUGGACCCUGUGAGAGUUGUUGCGCAAGUUCUGAUGUAUCCAUUCUUCAUGGGAAGCGCACCCACUCGAUCAGAACUGAAGCUGGCAAACUCCUAUUUCUAUGACAAGUCAUCGUGUUUACUGGCCUGGAAACUCUUCUUCCCUGAGGGUGAAUUCAGCUUGGACCACCCAGCUGCAAACCCUCUUGUGCCUGGAAGAGGCCCUCCGUUGAAGCUUAUGCCUCCGACCCUGACAGUCGUUGCAGAGCUUGACUGGAUGAAGGAUCGUGCAAUUGCAUACUCGGAGGAGCUCCGCAAGGUAAACGUGGAUGCCCCUGUUCUUGAGUACAAGGAUGCAGUCCAUGAGUUUGCCACGCUAGACGUCCUGCUGAAGACGCCUCAGGCUCAGGCUUGUGCUGAGGAUAUAGCUAUCUGGAUUAAGAAGUACAUAUCACUGCGCGGCCAUGAACUAUCGUAUUGACCCGCACCGAUGAUGGUUUAACCUGGCCCCACAUACAUCAAGUCAUCAACCAGUUCAGGUUCGAUGUUACUACAUGCUCUUCAUCAAGGCUGUACGGAGGUAACCAUUUGAUGAUCAUACCUUGAUGGGGGAUAGUCCAUCGCCUGUAACAUAGAGCAGGGCGAAAGUAAGGGAGAAUUACUCGUCAGUGAUGUUUUGAAGCAGGCUUCAACAGUGGUGAGGUCCACGUCUAUUCCAUGGCAAUUCAAAUUGUCCCUGGUUGAGUGUAGUCUGCAACCGGUUUGUGAUUGUACAUUUCCACGUCAAAUGCCAAAUGAAGGUUUUGUGUAUCCAAUUCCCCAGCUUCGUGGUUCACUGAUCUUGUUGAGUGCCUGGCAAUGAGCUGAGAGAGCGCUUGUGUGCAACUGAUGUUUGCUGACUGCCGGCGCAAACACUAUGGGUGGUUGAAAUUGAUUAAAACUUCAAAAUUUAA